AUGGAUUCACAUAGCGCGGACGCGGAGAGACGACGGACUCGGACGAGCGACCAAGAAGACGCCUCAAAACGAUCACGAGCCCGCGUUUCACGCGCCUGCACACGCUGUCGAGCUCGCAAAGACAAGUGCGACGCGAAGCAACCGGAGUGCUCAAACUGUCUCAAUGCCGGGCAGCCAUGUUUGUACGUGGCCGGGAACAGGAAGAGAGGACUCCCAGAGGGAUAUGUCCGUGGGCUGGAGAAACUAUGGGCUGUCAUGUUGCAGAAGGUACACGGACUAGACGGUGCAGUACAACGUGUGGUAAAUCAGAACGAAGAAGAGCUGGUGCGGAUAUGGAACCAUCAGAAAUUUGGUGACGAUCUUCACACGGCAUGGAAAGAGUCGAACGUGCUUACAGAGCUGGAAAAGCUCUUGUCCCGUCUCGAGCACGGUCCUUCGAUCCACCAAAAGCGUAAGCGCGAAGACGACAACGAAUCGACUCAACCUCCGAGCGAUACUCGAGGCGAUGGACCUAUCCUCGCGCCAGAUUUUAAGGUCACUGAGAUGUCAGAAAGUAACGAGCCUGUGAGCACUUCAGACAUCCGUGACCAAGGCCCUGGCUUUGCAGAGCCUCUGCUUCAAAAUAGACCCAGCACUCCAAACCCGGAAGAAGUACCACUUCCAUCUUCUGCCUCGCGUCUUUUGGAUCAGUAUUUCACAUUCACCCAUUGUUGGUUUCCAGUUUUGGACAGGCCAGCUACCCUAAGAAAAUUCUACGAGUACACUAGGCCUCAAAAACGACGUCCUCUCGACACUGCUGAUCUUUCUUGCAUGUGGGCGAUAUGUGCCUACUCUCACCAGCAGACCGCACAUCUGUGGUCAGCCCCUUACGGGACACCCAGUCAAAGUGUUGCUGAGAUGCGUUCUUUGGCGAGGAAGAUGAUACCGUCUGAGAGUGGUCCUUUCUCGCUUGGCCAUGUGCAGGCUUUACUGUUGCUGGUCUUGCUUGACGUUGGCAUCGGUGACUGGGCGUCCGCCUGGAUGCUCGUGGGCUCUGCUAUACGGGCUUUGCUUGUCUCCAUGGGGCUAGAAGUGGUCCCGUUCAAGCCCCUUAUGGGUCCAUAUUCUGACUCUGGUGUCAAUGGACACGAAAACACGACCGCAUCUGGACCUCGACCGGCUGGUUUGAAGCAGAAAAGCUGGCAGGCCGUCCUGCAAGGUUGUUUUGUCUUGGAAACGAUCAUUGCAAUCCGUUUAAAGAAGCCGCCACAUCUUCAGAGUGGUUAUUUGAGUUCUUCCAAGCUUCUCGAGGAAGACGGCCACGAAGAGUGGGAACCUUGGAAGGCAGGAGCUGGUCAUGAUGGGCCCGAGUCCAGACAACCGGCUUUCGUGAUGAGUUGCUUCAACCGAUUGACCGAGCUCUGCAUGAUUGCCAAUGAUGCAUUUUGCACUAAAGGCUUACAGAUGACUAGCCUAACGCCGAUAAGCCACCAAGUUACCUCACGACUGGGCUCGCUCAGCGAGAAGUACCCUUUCACAAUCUCGGACGUAAUACGACGCCCACCACAUCAAAUGAUCUUGCAAGCAUGUCAUUUUGCAGUUCAAUCAAUCAGCACUCAAUCGAACGUUGAAAUUCAACCGAGCUCCAGGUGGAAAUUCAUUGAGAACUUGGAAUUAUUCGAACAUUCGUGGAACCUUUUCGACAAAUGUGGCAUUCCAUCCAUGCUAAUACCACUUUUCCACCUGAUACAUGCAUGCUCCGAUACUCCUUCAUUGCCCCUUAGUGGCCAUGAUUUACCUCUGGAAAGGUUCGACAGGGUCCAGUCGAAGUUGGCCUUGAUUUGGCCAGGAGCGAAAUCCUUGAACGACGAUGUUAUGCGGCUGGCAUCAACAGCUCUUUCGGACCAAAAUCCAAUGUUGCCAUCCAGCAGGGUCUUGCAGAUGCCACCAAUGUACAUGGCCGAAGCCGCACCAGCUCCAGGCAGCCGCAGAGAUUUAGGAGCACUGGGACCUAGCGCUAGGGAGCCAAACCUCUUUCAGUAUCAGGACAUACCUCAAUAUGCAAGUGCACCAGAGGACUCCCAACCGAUUGGAUCCAUAUCCGUGGAUUACGGUGCGAUGAGUGUUGACCUGCCCGAAGAGAACGACGAAGCAAGCCUUGGUCCUGGUCUGAUGAUGAAAAAUACCAACAAUUCGGGGUUGGCGACAUCUCCGAGCUUUGACGGAGACGAGAUUGACGCCUUGUUCCACGAAAUGGCUCAACUAGAUACCACCCAAUGGACCGUGGACAGGACCCAGGGACUGAAGGACUUCGGGUUUGCGGAUGACACAACCUUUGAAGCCUUUUGCAAUGAUCCCGACCGCUUGAUGCUGUCGGAUGGGUUCAUGGGUCCUGUUUUUAACAAUCAUAGCAACAACCCCACUGGAAGUCAAGCUGGAGUAUCAAGCAAUAACAGUACUCGCAUUGGCAACAUGAGCUUUGACGAUAUUUUCCGGUGA